CUCAGCAUCUCCCUUAUAGCUACAUCCAUCCAUCUCUUCUUCACUCUCUGUCUGUAUCACCUCCUCCUGUUCCCGCCAGACUCUCUCUCUCUUUCUCUCACCACCCCCGCCCCCUCCCGACCCUCAGCCUCCCUGAUGCCUAAGAACAGCAAGGUGACGCAGCGCGAGCCGAGCCAUGAGCACGUCACAGAGUCGGUGGCCGAUCUGCUCGCACACGAGGAGGUGCUCGAUUACCAGAACAGCUCCCUGAACCUUGGAGGGGCCACCGGGAAAAAGGUCCCGCAGAUAGAGUUGCCCGAGAACGAUGGACGCCCCGCCUGGAACAGCAAACUGCAGUACAUCCUGGCUCAGGUGGGCUUCUCUGUGGGCCUAGGGAACGUGUGGCGCUUCCCAUACCUGUGCCAGAAGAACGGAGGAGGUGCCUAUCUGGUUCCCUACUUCAUCCUCCUCCUCCUCAUCGGCAUCCCGCUCUUCUUCUUGGAGCUGGCUGUGGGUCAGAAGAUCCGGCGUGGGAGCAUCGGGGUCUGGAACUAUGUCUGUCCCAGUCUGGGCGGUAUAGGGAUGUCCAGUCUGAUGGUGUGUGGCUUUGUGGGUCUCUACUAUAAUGUUAUCAUCGGCUGGAGCAUCUUCUAUUUCUUCCAGUCCUUCCAGUAUCCUCUUCCAUGGAGCGAGUGUCCAAUCAGAAGGAACGGGACGCUUGCCAUUGUGGAGCCGGAGUGUGAGAAAAGCUCAGCCACGACCUACUUCUGGUACCGUCAGACUCUGAACACCACCAGCACCAUCGCAGAGAGCGGUGGCCUCAAUGUGAAGAUGACCCUGUCUCUGCUGGUGGCGUGGAUCAUCGUCUGCCUCGCUGUCAUCAGAGGGAUCGCCUCCUCCGGGAAGGUGAUGUACUUCAGCUCUCUUUUCCCCUACGUGGUGCUGUUCUGUUUCCUGGUCCGAGGUUUGAUGCUGAAGGGCUCAGUGGAUGGCAUCGCUCACAUGUUCACUCCCAAGUUGGAGAAGAUGCUGGAGCCGCAAGUGUGGAGGGAGGCGGCCACCCAGGUCUUCUUCGCCCUGGGUCUGGGGUUUGGAGGAGUCAUAGCCUUCUCCAGUUACAAUAAGAUCGAUAACAACUGUCAUUUUGAUGCGGUGCUCGUCUCUUUCAUCAACUUCCUCACUUCCAUUCUGGCCACGCUGGUAGUGUUCGCCGUGCUGGGCUUCAAGGCCAACAUCAUGAAUGAAAAGUGUGUCGUAGAGAAUGCAGAAAAGAUCCUGGGAUACCUCAACUCUAACGUCCUGAGCCACGAUCUCAUCCCUCCACAUGUGAACUUCUCCCAACUCUCCACAUCAGACUACGCUGAGAUGUACGGGGUCAUCAAGACUCUGAAAGAGGGCAGCUUCACCCAGCUGGGUCUGGAGCCUUGUCUCCUGGAGGACGAGCUGAACAAGUCUGUUCAGGGUACCGGCCUGGCCUUCAUCGCCUUCACAGAGGCCAUGACCCAUUUCCCGGCGUCUCCGUUCUGGUCAGUGAUGUUCUUCUUCAUGCUCAUCAACCUCGGCCUGGGCAGCAUGAUCGGCACCAUGACCGGCAUCACCACGCCAGUCCUCGACGCCUACAAGGUCCAGAAGGAGCUUUUCACAGUGUGUUGCUGCAUUGUGGCCUUCUUCUGUGGACUGCUGUUUGUUCAGCGCUCAGGGAACUACUAUGUCACCAUGUUUGAUGAUUACUCUGCCGGACUGCCUCUCACAGUGGUGGUCAUCCUGGAGAAUGUGUCUGUCGCUUGGAUUUAUGGCACAAAAAGGUUCAUGCAGGAUCUGGAGGACAUGUUGGGUUUCCGACCUUGUAUAAUCUAUUUCUACCUGUGGAAGUACGUGUCCCCUCUGUGUCUCAUUGUGCUCAUCUCAGCCACUGUCGUAGAGAUGGCCAUCAGUCCACCAGGAUACAACGCCUGGGUCGAAGAGCUGGCUCAGGAACGCUUCGAGAGCUAUCCUCCCUGGGCGCUGGCCAUGUGCUUCUCUCUCAUCGUCGUGGCCAUGCUUCCUCUUCCUGUUGUCUACAUCGCCCGUCGCUUCAACCUAAUGUCAGACGGCUCCAACAAGCUGUCCGUCUCCUACCGUAAAACCAUGAUGAAGGACAUAUCCAACCUGGAGGAGCAGGACGAGUCCAGAUUCAUCCUCGGCGCCAAGCCCGGCGAGGCACCACCAUCAGCGCCAGCACGCAGGGCCUUCCUGACUCCAGGAGGCACCAAAACCCUGGACACCAACUCCCUGUCUCCAAACAUCUGCUAUGGCACAAGCUACCAGAACGCUGCCAUCAGCCCCACCACGCCGGCCACACCGACCACGCCGGCCACGCCCGAGUCUGACUCUUGA